CACACGCACACACACGCACACACACGCACCCACACGCACGCUACACCGUCCAACCAGUGUCCCUACUCUCUUGGAGGAACAGCAGCAGCAGCAGCAGCCUCACACAGAGCGCGCGACACGGAGCCACGCGGUCCACUCUGAGCGUGGGGCAGGAGGAGGAGGGUGCAGGGGGAGGAAGGUGAUGAUGGCAGGAGGAGGAGGAGGAGCAGGGACUCGUACUCGACGAGAGCCGUGAGUCCGCGAGGCUGCGCGGGGGACAGAGAGAGAGAGCGAGAAAGAGGAAUGAAAAGAUAGGCGGAGAGAGAGAGAGACGGAGAGAGAGAGAGAGACGGAGAGGGGGGGCUUAUCUCGUGGUGUCAGUGGGGCGACGCUGAUCUCGCCGGCCAGGGCAGCUGCCUCUGCCUCCUCCUGCAGAACGCAGGCGGCCACGUGAGUCGCGUGGCCAGGGACGGAGCAGGCGAGCGAGCAAGAGAGGGGUGGGAGGGAGAGGGGUGGGGGUGGAUCAUGAUCGCCACGGGGGGAGUCCUCCGCGGCAUCGUCGCUACUCGCCAAAGGCAGGAGGCGAGCGGCGGAAGCCUCCACUCGUCCGAGCGCCGAGACUCGCAGCGCCGGCGCGCCAGGAGACAGCGGCGGGCGAGGCGCCUGGCCCGGCGGAGGCGGCCGGCGGACGCCGUGGUGGUGCGGGGCAAGGUGCAGAUGUGCUCCCUCUCCGGCGUCGUGGUGUGCCUGGGCCUCCUGGUGCUGCUCGUGGGCAUCACCAUGACGGUCAUGGGAUACUGGCCUCGCAGGAGGCCUCCGGGGGCCGCCUUCGAACCUCCUGGAGAAGGGAACGGCUCCGCCUUCCAACAGCAGCAGCAGCAGCAGCGGCGGUGGUGGCAUCAUCAUCAGCAGCAGCAUUAUCAGCAGCAGGAAGAACAGCAGCAGGAAGAUCAGCAGCAGGAAGAACAGCAUCAAGAAGAACAGCAGCAGGAAGAUAAUCAGCAGCAGCAGUUGAGGCUUCCGGCCCGUGGCUCCGUGGUCGCGUUCGUGGUGAGGCAUCUUCUGCACUCGGAGCGCAUGAAGUUGCUGGGGCCGCUGCUCAUGGGCGUGGGAAUCUUCGUGUUCAUCUGCGCCAACGCGGUGCUGCACGAGAACCGCGACCGCGAGACGCGGAUCAUCCACCUGCGGGACAUCUACUCCACCGUCAUCGACGUGAACGUCAUGCACGCCAAGCAGGCGAGGGACGCGCUCUCGGGCUACGAGCCCUGGCGAGGGCAAGGGCCCGGGCAGCUACAGGAGGAGCAGCAGGAGGAGGAGAGGCAGAGCGACGGGCAGGGAGGAGGAGGAUUCGUCACGCGGCGUGGUGGCUCGGGACAGGCCCUGGCUGGAGGUGUCGAUCUGAGCGCGCAGCCACCGGGCAGCCGGAGCGAGACGGCGCCACGUGGGGGCCACACGACGGCGCCGAGGCCGUUCGCCCAAAGUCUGGCGACCGCCUCCUUCCGGAACUCCGUGGAGGCCGGGCUUUGGGCACCACGCGGAGGGCGCGUGGAGGGGAGGGGGGCGAGCAGGCGAGGCGAGUGCGGAGCGCGUUCCAUCGUCUCGCCGUCGGUGAGCGCCUUCACGCUCCCCAUCAUCAAGCUCAACAACUGCGUCAUCGAGGAGGGGGAGGCGGCCGAGCGCGCCGCCGCCGCCGCCGCCGCCGGGGCUCCCGCGUCGAGGUCGUCGCCCUCGCUCGUGGAGCUGUCGAUCGUGCGCGCGUCCGCGGGCGCCUUCCUCCCCUCCCACCCCGAGUGCCUCCUGCGCGGCCACCACAGCGACGACGGCGACGACCACGGCGAGGACGGCCACGGGGAGGAGGAGGAAGAGGAGGAGAUGGGGUCGCAGGACAACCCCGAGGACGAGCUGCUCCACAGCCGCGCCGAGCAGAGGAGAGCGGCUCCCCCCACUUCCGCCUCCUCCUCCGCGGAGUCGAGAGCGUCGCUCUCCCCAGCCGUCGCGUUCCUCGGGAAGCUGCUGUCGCCUGCCCUCGCCAGGAGGCGUCCCCCUCAUCCUCCUCCUGCUGCUGCCCUUCCUGCUCCUCCUGCUGCUGCCCCUCGUGCCUUCUCGGACGCAGCGCGGCGCUCACGACGCAGAAGUUCGAGCGACAGAGACACGGGCAGCGGCAACAGCGCGGCGUGCGCGGUGGUGUCCGGGCAGUCCAAGUCUCUGGACCUGUGCGAGCGAGAUGCCUUCCACACUUGCUCGGGCCAACCUCAAGAGCCCCACCACCACCAGCAGCAGCAGCAGAAGGUGAAGCAUCCAAGCUGGCCACGUUUGCAAGAACGCGCUGCGUCUUGUGGUGGAGCGGCAGCAGAGGGAGGAGGUGGACAAGGUGGUGGUAGCGGAGGAGGUGGUGGUAGACGAGGUGGUGGUGGUGGUGGUGGUAAGGCAUCGUCGGGGUACGUGAAGCUACAAGGGGCCGAUGCGUGGGGCGAGGACGACGCCGAGGCGGUGCCGGCGGCGGUGGGGUGGAGGCGCGCGUGCGAGCGCAGCCGCGGCAGCGCGGCGGCCGUGAUGAGCCGCUCGCACAGCAACUUCAGCUUCGAGCUCGAGGAGACGGCGGAGAGGGGAGCGGAGCGCAGGGACACCUCGGAGUCCACCUUCUGACGCGGAGCGGACUCGAAGCGACCCUCCGCUCGCUCGCUCGCUCCGCGUGCGCGUUCACUCAUCCCAAAUUCUCGCGGGUGAUCCUUCCACCCCAGAGGUUUAUCCAGGGAGAGAGAGAGAGAGAGGGAGAGAGGUGACUGUGGACUGCUGCGACGGAUUUGUAAAUCCCCGCGCGAUUAAUCGGAACCAGAAGCGUAUUUCGCACUGAUUAAAGCCCGUAGAGCUAAGAAGCUCUUUGUUGACCCCAGCCCAACGCACGGCUACCCCCCACGUGCGCGGCCGACAUCCCUCCGCUCAGAUACAAAUCAAGUGUAAACGCGCUGCACGCGCACGAUGAUUGGUGAACACGAUUUUUUAAACAGCGCCCCCAUUCAAACAUUGAAAUGGUAUUGUGUGUGUGCGUGUGUGUGUGCGUGUGUGCGUGCGUGUGUGCAUGUGUGCG